UGAAAUAAACAUCAAAAUAUCAUUGAAUCAGUGCCAUGAGUUACACUUGGCGAAACUUUCAAGCCAGAUCGAUUAGCGUGGCUAGCAAAGCGCAUCUGCGAAUGCACUCAAGUGACAAAAUUAGUGGAGGAAACGCUGACAAAAUUGUUGUUAUUGCUGGGAGCUAGAGCUGGAGCUGUUGCUGUCGUAAGCCCAAUUACAGGCUUGGCUUGCCACUUAGACGAGGGCGUUGCCAAAGACUCGGGAACGGCGACAGUUUUCUUUCAAGCCUGGUAAUGACAAGUCGCUGGCUGCUACUGACGUUGCUCCUCUAUUUGGGCGCCCAAGAGGCCUCCUCGGGUGUAAUGGAUAACUUUGGCGAUGGCCUCAAGAUGGCCGGUCAAAUGUUUGGCAUUAACACAGUCUCCGAUGUGGCCAAUCUGGUGGCCAAAGCCUUUUCGGGUAAUUCCCCAGUGCCCGUGGCCAGCCUAAUGGGUUUCCUGCAGAAUGGCUUCCAACCGCCGCAGAAAAACAAUGCUGAUGGGGAAUCAGAGAGGGCAGAGGAGGAUCAAUCGGAGCAGCAAUCGGAAACGGAAAAUGCCCAAGAGGAACCGCCAACGGAAAAUAGCACGCGUAGACCACCGUCGCCACUGCCAGGUUUCGAUUCCGGACAAAUAUUCACAAAUAUGCUAAGGAUGGUGGGUUUCGAUACCCGGAAAUUGGGAGCUCUAGCCUUGAAUGCCAUCAUUAUGAUUGCUCAGGCGAUUGGCAGCACCCUGAUGCAGGCCACCCGUGGAGGUGGCGGCACCUCAAUUGAUGCCCCGGACGCUCUGUUCGAGCCCAACGAACAUCGCCCACGAUCUUUGUCCAUGGGUUCACCCAUCGAUUGGUUCCUCCAGAGACCCGACCGGUAUAGCAAGCGAUUGCUUAAGGACAUCAUGGAUCGGGAUCUACCAGAGCACAUAGUGGAUAUAAUUGAGGCAAAGGAAGAAAAGGGAAAUGGCCAGAAGGCUGGCUGCCUGAAGCUUCUGAUGUGCAAAAGCCAACCCAUUAUCUGGGGCAUGCAGGAUUCACUAAAGAAAAGGCUGGCUGGAGAGGCCGAGGAGGACGAGGAUACUGAUAGUUACUUCAACAAGCAAAUCUUCUUCAAGUAUCUGCCCAAAAUUGAGGAUUUCAGAGAGCACGGUGCCAGCUGUGAGAAGAAAUACCACGAGGAGUGUCCCAAGAAUGCAACAAAUGGGGAGUUUUUAUAGGUUUUCUAAGGAGGUUAAGUUUUAAUUAUU